AUGGAGGAGAACAAGGUUUUUGCUAUAAGAAAAAGACCAAAGGUUGUUGCUACUGGUAAUUCACAUAUUUCCGAGGAGAUUGUGUUUGCUAUUCUCACAAGGGUUCCUUCAGCCAAAUCUCUAUUACGAUUUAAGUGCGUUUCUAAGUCCUUUUGCUCCGUUAUAUCACAACCCUCAUUCCCUGAAGCACAUCAUCAAAAAGGUUCGUCGAAUCAUCUACUUGCCAGUUUGCCAAGUUAUCUCACUCGUGAAACCUUCAUUAGUAAUUUAGACCAGAAAAAUUCUGAACACAAACAAUUAGAUUUCUCCUUAUUUGAGUACUUGAAUGAGCCAUGUUUUCUUGAACUUAACUAUCUUGUAUCUCUCAGUGGCCUAGUUUGCCUAUGGAACGAUUAUAAAGAUGUUGCUAUUUGCAAUCCUUUCACAAGACAACAUGUUUUUCUUCCUAGACCAAUCGAAAAAGUUCACCGUAGAGUAACUUGUUGCUACUUGGGUUUUGAUCCCACAACCAAUAAACAUGAAGUUCUCAGAGGAGAAGAAUUCUCUUCGCUUGGAACUCCACACUGGAGUAUUUUCACUCUCGGGAUGGACACGUCGUGGAGAGAGAUUCACUUUAAUGCCAACGUUUUCCCUAUGAUGAACAAUUGUGUUCAUAUCAACGGGGUCAUUUAUUCUGUAGACUUUUAUGAAUUAUUAGUUGCUUUCAAUGUUGGAGAAGAAAAUUUUAGCAUAAUCUCGUUUCCUCGGGGGGUAAAAUUAUGCCAUGGACUUUUGUCACCAACUAUAGUGGAGAUAAAGGAAGAAGUUGCACUUUUAGAUCACAAGAGCUUUCGCGACGAUGGCAAGAUUAUUGUGUAUGUUUUAAUUAGUAAUGGCUCAUGUGAAACAACAUGA